AAGUAGGUAAUAAGGUCCAAGUUGAAUAAAAUGAUGGCAUAGGGCCACACUGUCAAAAUGCACACGAAAGCCCCAACCGAAAGAAGUGAAAGCCGUCCAACAAUUUCGCAGAAAAACAGAAGGGGGUUUAAGCGGCAGCUGGUAAGAGAUUGAGUGUGAGGGAUGGGAAAUCCAAAGCAGAAAUGGACAUCGGAGGAAGAAGAAGCGCUUCGUGCCGGCGUUGCAAAGCACGGAGCUGGAAAAUGGAAGAACAUUCAAAGAGACCCCGAAUUCAAUCACCUCCUUUACUCUCGCUCCAAUAUCGAUCUUAAGGAUAAAUGGAGAAAUUUAAAUGUUAGUGCCAAUGGACAAGGACCAAGAGAUAAAUCAAGGACACCGAAAGUGAAGGCUAAUCCUGAUGCUGCAGCAGCUCCAUUGGCCAUCACAUAUGCCCCUCUUUCUUCCACUCUAGUUCCACAAGAUGCAUCAGCAGACACUGUUAUGGAAGAUUCUUCAAAAUGCGCACUAGAUGGAAAAACUGCCUCAAAGUACAAUCAAAUGAUAUAUGAUGCACUUUCAAGUCUAAAGGAGCCAAAUGGAUCUGACACAAGCACACUUGUUAACUUCAUUGAGCAAAGGCAUGAGGUGCCCCAAAACUUUAGAAGGUUGCUGAGUUCUAGGCUGAGGAGGCUUGUUCAACAAGACAAACUUGAAAAGAUUGAGAAUUCCUACAGGAUUAAGAAAGAGGUCUUGGAAAAAUCAAAGACUGCUGCUACCCCUAAACAAAAACACGUUGGGCCAAGGCAGUUUCCAAAUAAUGCCUAUCUUGGUGACACUGCCGAAGAAGCAGCAAUCACUGCUGCCUAUAAGGUUGCAGAAGCUGAAAAUAAAUCAUUUGUAGCAGCUGAAGCGGCCAAGGAAGCUGAGAGAGUCUCAAAGAUGGAGGAAGACAGUGAUAAUUCACUACAGAUCUAUAAGGAUCUCUUCGAUAAAUGUUCACAUGGCGAAAUUGUGCUGCUAACGGCAUGAUAUGGUCUUUCCCCUAUUUUGUAAAGUCAGAACCAUCUGUUCAGCGCCUCUAUAGUAGUAAAUGUUUUACUCUUUGUAUCAACUAGUGAUAUGCUGUUUGUUGUUAGUUUAUGUACUAGGGAUGAUGACCUUUGCACAAAUUCUCACCUCCUAUUAUGUAUUCAAAGUAACAAAAAAAAUAGAGGAAGAGAUUUUUUUAAAGCUAGAGAUUUGAUCUUGUAGACCAUGCUCUUCUUUCUAGCUGGAAAAAUUGAUAGAGUGCUCUGCUUUUACUUCAUGCUGAGUAGGUUGGGCACAACUUCAGCAUAUUUAUCACUUUUUGAAGUUGAAUGAGUUGUGUUGGAGUGGAAUCGAUGUUUGCAUUCUCGCUGCAAUUGCCUGUGUUACUCACUUCAAUGCUCUCUAUCUCUCCUCGGAGCUAUGGUUGGACUGUUGAAUGUAUAAUUACGUCAUAUUGAAAUUUCCAUAUGUGGAUUUGUACUUGUAUAUAUAUUUAUUUGUUCGCUAGAAUAUUCUAUGGGGGAAUCACUAUGCAAUCACCAUUUUAAUU